GCUGUCAUCGCAUAUUGUGAAUAUAAGCGCAACACACGUCGUAGUCUAUUGCACAUUUGAGGUUCAACCAGGGGGCAGUGUUGGUUGUGCUAAAGCUAACGGACGGUCGCUGUGUCUUAUAACCUUAGUAACCGGCUCGUGGCGAACUGAGCAAAGAGUUGGAAGUCAGCCAGACAUGGCCUCUGCCCAUUAAACUGCUCCAUCUGCAGCCACUACUAGCACCAGUCAUUGGUGUGCAACUUAACAGUGAAUGACACUGACCCACCUUCACUAUGGAGACAGAUACAGAAGUUAUUCCUAUCUGGCAGAACAAGCCUCAUGGAUCUACUCGAAGUGUCGUAAGAAGAAUAGGUUCCACACUUCCACUUAAACCAACACAAAGGGCAUGUUUCCAGGAACUGCCAGGUCUGCCUUCUCUACGGCCUUUGGAUGGGCCUAUGGUUCCUACUUUGGCAGAUAUCGCCUGGAUUGUUGCAGAUGAAGAAGAGACUUAUGCCAGAGUGCGGAGUGACUCACGUCCUCUAAAACACGAAUGGCGUCCCACACCUCUCCUGGUGCUCCACCGGAACUCAUCUGUUCCCAACUUCCGCCGCGAGGGCAAAAGGGUGGAGGGACUGAGGAAGCCUGGGGUCACAGCACUAAACCGUACCACAGCCCUGCAAGAUGAGCUCAGCAAACUGCGUGCACAGAUUGCAAAAAUUGUGUCAAGUGAUUCUGGCUCCAACCCCCUGACACCUGAUCUGCUCUCCCCAGAUGACACGAGUAUGAGCUUCUCCAUGGCACCUUUUGAGACAGCAUCUUACCAGCCGGCUGCCACAGCUGCCGCAUCCUUUGUUAUCAGCGACGUCACAGAGGAGGAGGAGGAGGAAGAGGAGGAGGCAGAGGAGGAUAAAGAUGUAGACUCUAUGAUGUCAGAGCUGGUCCCCGACCCAGUGCCACCUGUUUCCAUGACAGCCUCUGCAACCUUUGACCUGGACAGGCCCAGCAUGGACUUCCGGGAGGCAGAGGAGGACACAGUGUCCCUAUCAAAAUCCACCAGUUUUGCUGAUGUUAUGGACAUCCUGAAGGACAUGAACCGAAUGAAAAUGAGUCAUGACAGGUACCAUAGAGGCUGUACGUCCCUGAGGGAGGAGGAUUCAGCUUCUCUGAUUUCAGAAGCUUUGAGGAAAAAGUUUGUCUUGAAGGAUGAAGAUACUGCCGCUGUACAACGAAAGUAGCCUGAUCCCAGGUCUAUCAUCCCUACCCAAUCCUGCUGUUCCAUGUGAGUCAGGACAGGGUAGUCCAGUUUUUAUAUUUCUUUUAAGAGUUGUUUUUUUAAGUUUUGUAUGAAGAGUCUUGAAUGGCAUAGAGAAGGUCAGGUCGUGUUUUCAGUGGCAAAAUGCUUUGGAUCUUUUUUUUUUUUCUCAUUAUUUUUAGGCCUUUGCCUGUGGAAUAUGUAUCCAUGGAUCCACAGCCUCGCUGCUCAGAUUCGAGGCAAUAGCUGUCUGCCAGAAUUAGAACAAGAAACACUUUAUUACAGACAUUCACAAGCAAAUGUGAGCUAGACAUCGUUGAGAAGGGAACAGCCAACUCUUGAUAACAGAACUUGAUGCUAAUGGAGCACUGCGAUUUUUUUUUUCUAAUAAGGACCCAGCUGACUGCUGUCCAAUAACUUGCCAUUUAUACUUUUUUAUCAUGGUAUAGAUCUGUUUCCUUCAUGAAGUAGUCAAUGUUCCUUAUACAGAACAUUACAUCCACAAUGUUUAGAAAAAGAAUGCUACCCGAGUUCUUUUCCUUCUUGGGUUUACAACAGGAGAGAUUCACAUCAUCUGUGUAAAGGGGUCGUCUAACAUACUUGAAAAUAUUUUCUGUACAAAUCCGACAGAUCUAGUGUACAUAUAGGAAGUAUACUUUAGCUCAUAAAUCCACAACCUUGCUGUUAAUAUUUGCAUUACAUUUGUUUUUAGAUGUGUACUGUGUUUCUUGCUCCUCAUCCUCUUUGUCCAGGUCCUCUAAUAAAAAAUAUUGAGGAUAACUGAGCCACAAACAUGAUUAAUCAUGAUUUAGUACAAAGAGUGAAGUGCCGGUUGUGAGUUUGUAUUUCUCGUCAGGUUAAGGAGAUCCAAGCAUGCAUAGGAUCCUUUAUAUACCAGUUUCUCCAAUUGGUAGAUGACACUAACUCUAUGAUGGUUCUUGCUAACAUGGCAUCAUGGACAUGAUUUAAGUGUGGACAGAAACACUGGGUGUAAGAGUUUCAUUCCUUAUGCACAGUAACUCCUGACUUCAAUGUAAUUACUGGCGCCUUACCACCUGUUACUUAUGCCAAUGCCUAAUUUUAAUCCCUUAAGAGGUCAAAGUGCCACGGGUUCAUUCAUCAGCCCACUCCAGCCCUGUUUCUCCCUAAUGUGCCCUUUCUGAGUUUUUCACCUCACCACCAUUUAUAACUGAGCGUUUUAAGACACAGCUGUAUGCAUCUGUUGAAUAUUGCUGAAUUUGGUAUGUAACACCUACACCUUUCCACUUUUAACUGUGUAACUGAGAUUUCGUUACUGGACUUGGGACGUGUGAAGAGUUAACGGUGCGUUACCUGUUGAAAUGAGAAUGGGCCCAUCUGUGUGUCACUGUGUGCAUGAGAGCUAAGUGUGUGUCUUGAAUUGGCUUCUGACUGGCCUUGAUGAUGUCAACAGUUGAUUUGCUCAACAGUCAAAGUGAUGAGGUGCAAAAGAAAUACUGUAAGUAAAACAGAUUCAGUCUAUGCUGGUUUGUACAACCCACUGCUUCCAAAGGCCCCGUGAUGAGUUGAACUGAUGGAUCUUUUGAAAAUGUACUCUAUUUGCCUUGAGCUUUGACUGUUACCUGUGUGAUAGUUUGAGUGUUUCUCACCGUUGUACCUCUGUAUAGGGUUGAGCCCACCACCUGUUAGUAUGUUUUUUUUCUUUGUCAUUUGAGGACUUACAUAAAUAAACAUGGGCUGAUGUUUUGAA